GAGCGGCCUGGGCUGCGGGAAGCGGCUGAGGGGAUGUCGGGGAUGAUGUCGGGUAUGUCGGGCUGGGCGGAUGAAGAUGACCGGGGCCACGACAACGACGGGAGGAUCUACGUUGGAAACCUCCCGGCGGACGUGAGGGAGAAAGACCUGGAGGACCUGUUCUACAAGUACGGCCGCAUCCGGGACAUCGAACUCAAGAACCGCCGGGGCCUGGCUCCUUUCGCCUUCGUACGCUUCGAGGACCCCAGGGAUGCAGAAGAUGCUAUUUAUGGAAGGAAUGGUUAUGAUUAUGGCCAGUGCCGGCUUCGUGUGGAGUUACCCAGGAAUCCUGGGGGUGGAGGGCCCCGUGGGAGGACUGGACCACCGUCAAGAAGAUCUGAAUUUCGAGUUCUUGUCUCAGGCCUUCCUCCCUCAGGCAGCUGGCAGGAUUUGAAGGAUCACAUGCGAGAAGCUGGGGGUGUGUGUUAUGCAGAUGUGCAGAAAGAUGGCAUGGGGGUGGUUGAGUUCCUCCGCAAGGAAGACAUGGAAUACGCUCUGCGGAGACUGGACGACUCCAAAUUCCGUUCUCAUGAGGGUGAAACUUCCUAUAUCAGAGUUUAUCCAGAAAGAAGCACCAGCUAUGGCUACUCCCGGUCCCGGUCAGGGUCAAGGGGCCGUGAUUCUCCAUACCAAAGCAGGGGCUCCCCAUACUACACUUCUCCCUAUGCUCCAUACUGAAACAGCUUAUGAUUUUUUUUUUUUUUUUUUAGUGUGAACUGAGUUGCUAUCUGCUCGGAAUCUACAUUCCAAAAUGACUUAGUGUCUUAGGAAUUUUUUUUAAUAACUUUUUUUUUUAAAGGAAAAACUACAUACAAUUUCUACCAGGGCCAUAUUGGCAGUGAAGUAUUUUCAACUGCUGAAACUGUGGUUUGGUUUAGAAGUAAGUUGCAUAUUUUCCCCCUUCCUCCCCAAUUAUGGAGAAAAAUCAGUGCCGUGUCAUGGUGGAUUGCUCUGCACAGCCACUAUAUAUAGGAAUCAGCCCGUUCUGUUUAGAAAUAUAUUUCUAAAGUUUAAUAAUUCUCAAGUCGUGGUUAUUUUUAUUAUGCAAGAACUCCUUUUUUUUCUGUAUCAUGCAUAUUAGAGGAAGAAGAGAAGUUUUGUGGACAAAGCUUCUAAGUGGCCAGAAGUGGCUUGAGGGGAACGCUAAAGAAAAAAAAUUUGACUUGAUGAUGGUUUGGUCUUAGAUAAACCCUAUGAUUUCCUUGUCAGUCUCAGUUUUUCUCUGGAGGCUUUGGCAGUAGAGGAAAUCUUUGAUAAAAGAAGAGACUUGGGAAAAUAGGAAUAAGCUUAGAUUCCAUCUAGGCCUCUGAUCAGGAAGGAAUAAAUUCUUGGUCAAAAAUGCA